AUGGCGCCGAAACGAGAGCCCGCGGUGCUGCCGCACGCGCUGCGCGUCCCGGGGCUCACGAAACUGACCGGGAAGCGCGUCGUCCUCGCGUCCGCGAGCCCGCGCCGGCGCGAGAUCCUGCGCACCUUCGGGCUCGCGCCGGAGGUGGUGCCGUCGACGUUUGAGGAGGACCUGGACCCGAUGUCGUUCGAGGAUGUGCACGAGUACCCCGUCGCGACGGCGACGCAUAAGGCCGUCGAGGUCUACGAGCGGCUCGUCGAAGAAAACCCGGACGACGCGCCGGACCUCGUGAUUGGCGCAGAUACGGUCGUGCUGACGCACGCGCAGGCGGCGCUAUCGGACGCGCCGUUCAUCAGCGCGCAGGGUGCGCGGCCGGAGGUGCUGGAGAAGCCUGCGGGGCGCGCGGAUAACCUGCGGAUGCUGCUGGAUAUGAACGGCGCGGUGUUGUUUCCGGUUCUGACGGCGCCGGGGUACGCGAUUCGGUCGAUCGAGGAGCGCUCGCUGGUGUAUUUCGCGGACAACCCGACGUACCUGCUCGAGGCGUACGCCGACUCGGGCGAGGGUGCGGACCGCGCGGGCGGGUUUGCGGUGCAGGGCCUCGGCGGGCUGCUGAUACGGAAGGUCGACGGCGACUUCCAGAACGUGGUCGGGUUCCCGGCGGCGUCGUUCUUCCGGUUCUUGGAUCUGCUGGUCGAGGAGGACGACGAGUUUUUGGAGGUGUAG